GAGACAACAAAGAGCUGUAAACACUCUGAGUGAUUCAUGGAUAAACUAUAACCUGAUAAGGCAAACUGAGAUUGCCAGGUGACGUCGCACUAAUGUGAGCAGCUCCAAGAUGUUAACGCUGUAUCCGCAGUAGCACAGAGGCCACACGGGUGCACCGGAGCAUGGAGCUGGUGUUGGUGCAACAUGCAUUUGAGUACACAGCGAAGGAUGGUCGCCUUGUGUCCAUUAAGCCCAAUGAAAGUUACAUCCUGGUCUCCAAGACCAAUGAACACUGGUGGCACGUCCGCAAAGACCAGAAUGCCAAACCUUUUUAUGUCCCUGCGCAGUAUGUGAAGGAGCUCCCAUCAGUUACUGAAGACCCUCCUAGACCUGAUAAGCUGGAUUCAGAUGAGCGUGUGACUAACAGUAAGCCAGUGGAUAUGGCUAAUGUAACAAAACGUAAAGUGACCCACGUAUCAGCUCAGGAUGCUUCACGAGAGACAUACAGGUUCUCCACUUUUGGUUUCUGUGAGAACAUACCAGAUGUGAAGACGCCCUGUGAGACUCUGAAGGAUGGAAAAACCACCAGGAACUCCUCAAACAGUCAGAAUAACAUAAAAACACAUGAUUCAACAGAAGGCUGUUCAUUUCCCUCUGAACCUCCAAAUACUGACAACAUGCAACUGUAUACAAAACCUCAUCUUGUGCCAAAGGUCAAAAAUGGACAGUCAGAGAGCUCACUGCAGGAUGAUAAAGCACAACAGACUUUACAAGAAAAUGAGGACAUGGACUUCCCUUUACCCCCUAGUUCACCCAUAUAUGACACCAUACCAGAGAUAAACAUCCCAGAGUUUGACACCUUUCCUGCUCCUGUUGCUCCAGAUGACACAUUAAAGCAUGAGCAGAAAAAUCAAACCACAUCUCCAGAUCAACCUCCCACUGAGCAGGUAAGACACCACAAUCUGAGAAAUUUGGUUAUAGUUAACUUUGCAGGUUCCAGGAAGGCGAUCGCCUCAGUUGAUCCUUCAUCCUACUCUCCUUCCUACCUUGACCCAGAGGGAUGGGAGGUGCAUGUUGACCAAGACAGUGGACAGGAGUACUACUACCACCCCUCCACGGGGCGCACCACCUGGGACAGCCCCUUCGUUGACUCCCCCACGGACCCUGAGCCACCUUGUUCCCCCUCGCCUCCUCAGUCUCCCGCCCUUUCUCAAUCCACCGCCUCCCCCCCUGCGUGGACCUCCGACUGGGAGCAGCUGGUGGAUGAGACCAGCGGUCGCCCGUACUUCUACAACCCGAUGUCUGGGGAGACGUCCUGGGAGCCUCCAGAGCAGCUGAGCCCGUACCCCCCUCUGAUGGAGCCUAUGAGUGUGCACAGGUUUCACGAGGACGGGCCGCCUCCUCUACCUGAGGAGGACUACCCCUCAGAGGAUUACCCAGCUGCUGAACAGCCAGAGGGAUACCAGGAGCUCCUCGCCACGGGCCCUCCCACCCUCCCUAAAGAGUACACCCUCAGCCAUGUGAGCCGGACCAUCAUCCCCCGGGCCAACCUGGACCGCAGCACCCCUUCUGGUUGGAACCUCAAUGUGGAACCCAAUGGGACCUGGGUGUUCACCAGUGAACACUCUCCAGAGCAGUGGAUCAAGUCCAGGGAUGAUCGAGGGCAGACCUACUACUACCUUAGAGACGGCUCCAAGUCUCAGUGGAACUUGCCUGAGGUCCCUGUAGCUCCAGGCCAUUCCAGAAUGGAAAAUGGCGUCGAGGCAGACAACGCGUCAGUCAUCAAGAACUGGAGACACACCAUGGGACCUGCACAGUUCAGCUCAGCCCAGGAUGAUGGGAGGUUCGUCCCCACUCACAGGAGGAACACGUCCGACUACAGCAGCGACAGCUCCAGUACAGGAAACUCACCAGAGACACAGCAUAACGUGCAGAACUUAGAGAAAGCCGGAAUUCUCAACAAAACAAAAGUGUGUGAGAACGGCAAGAAAGUGAGGAAAAACUGGGCCCAGACAUGGACAGUGCUCCACGGAGGAGUGCUGACGUUCCACAAAGACCCAAAGUCUGCAGCAGCAGGGGCCUCGAACAAGACCAAUCAGAUUGUUCCGGAGGUCACGGUGGACCUGCGCGGAGCGACGAUUGGCUGGGCCUCAAAGGACAAAUCCAGCAAAAAGAAUGUUUUAGAGUUAAAAGGCAAGAACGGCACGGAGUUUCUGAUACAGUACGACACAGAAAGCAUCAUCACCGACUGGCACAAAGUCUUAGUCGACACCAUACGACAACUGGAGUACCAGGACCAUCACUCAGAGGAGGAGGACGGGGACUUGUAUGAGAAGAUCGCCAACACAGAGCGAGACGACAAGUCUGGAGGUGGCAUGGACAGGCGAAGAUCCUCCAGGCCGAGUGUCACGCACUCAUCCAGCUCUGCAGGAGACACAGACCAGAAGAGGGUUCGAACCAAGCUGAUGAAGUUCCUCAUGAAACGCCCCACGCUGCAGUCGGUGAAGGAGAAAGGCUACAUCAGAGACAAUGUGUUUGGUUGCCAUCUGGCCACACUGUGUGCACAGGAGAGGACCACUGUUCCUAGUUUUGUGGAGAAAUGUAUCAGAGCAGUAGAAAACAGAGGUUUAGACAUCGAUGGGCUCUACAGAGUGAGCGGCAACCUCGCCAUCAUUCAGAAACUACGCUUCAAGGCAGAUCACGAGGAACUGGACCUGGAGGACGGCCAGUGGGAGGACGUUCAUGUCAUCACUGGAGCACUGAAGUUGUUUUUCCGAGAGCUUCCUGAGCCGCUUUUUCCAUACAGCCACUUUAAUAAUUUCAUCACAGCCAUCAGAAUUCCUGAUUACAAUGCAAAAAUGUCUUGCAUGUAUGAGCUGGUCAGAUCACUUCCUCUUCCAAAUCAUGAUACCAUGAAACUCCUUUUUGGGCAUUUACGCAGGGUCAUAGAGUAUGGAGAGGACAAUCGCAUGACUGUGCAGAAUGUGGCAAUUGUAUUCGGCCCGACUCUGCUUCGGCCUGAGAUGGAGGCGUCAAACAUCGCCAUGCACAUGGUCUUUCAGAACCAGAUCGUGGAGUUUGUCCUGAACGAAUACGAGCGAAUCUUCUCCAGCUAAAGCAGUCGCAAGCCUCCAGUGCGGACCCUGGGCAAACAUCUCAAUGUGCUCAAGUUAUUUGAAGUGCUAGAUUUACAAUUUUGCAUGCACACAAACAGCUUCAGUGCAACAUCUAAAAUCAAAAUCCUCUUGUAACAUAUGUUGAAGGGCUCUUCAAGUUUUCUUUGCUCAGAAUAUUUGAGGUUUAACCACGUAAAAAAAUUAGAUAAAAGGGAUCUUCAAAUGGUCUUUGCUAAGAAUAUUUGAAGCAUGUUUAACCACUGUUUUGUCCAGAUUUACUCCAUAGGAGGCUGACACUGUUAGGACUUUAUUUGGCAGUAUUGUGGCCACACAGGUGUAAACAGGUGUGGUUUGAUUUCCCGUCUGGGAGCUACUGAGCUUUUUUUUUUUUUUUUGGGUGGAAGAAGGACUGUAACAGAUUGCUCCAUGAGAUUUUAACUGUCUUAAGCUCACACGUCACUUUCUGGAGAUUUUAAUUGUUUAUUUUUAUUUUUAGCUUAUUGAAAUCGCAGUGAUAAUAGAACCCAAGUCAAACCUGGACGCAUUAACGCUCUCUUAAAGGAAUCAUCAUCGAUUGCUUCCAUCUUUGUUUUAGAAAAGUGGAGUGACAUUUAAAUAUUGUUCUGACUUUAAAAUUACAGUGUAUCACAUAUGGCAAUAACUGAGACUGUAUUCUAAUAUUGUGUCAUUUUUACCCAUGGAUUUUAUUGUAAUAUAGAAAUGUAUAAAAAGAAAUAUUAAUACAAACAUCUUGCUGUGAAAUAGAUGGUGACAUAGACGACUUGUGCAACCUAUAGAUUAUUUUCCACCGAAUAAAAUGCCAUUUUUUUUCAGUCAUGCUGUACUUGAAGAAACUGUGUAAUAACACCAUAGAAAUAUGAACUAGGGAUAAUUUUUUUGGCAGUAAAAUCAGUCUGACUAUGAAAGAGAAAAGUGGAUUCUAGAGGAGAUUUAUGACCUGUAAAUAGAAAUAGAAGGCAUAUUUAUGCUGAAAGCUGUUGAAAAUGCACAAGUUAUUCCAUAAUAAAAAUAACUUUGUAAAAAAAAAAAAUACAGCUGUUCAUUUAUUCCUGUCAAAAGUGUCAUGAAAAUGUGUCUGUAACAAUAUAAACAAGGGAGAAAUUUACAACUAUCUAUCCAAGUACAGAGGUAAAUGUACUCUUUAUGCAGAAUUACCUCUCAGAAUAUUUUUUAAUGUGUGUUUUUUCACCAUUACUGAUGCCUUUAUGUGUAAACUGGCUUUAAAUGUUGCAGCUUUGUCAAGGUGGAGCUAUUUUUAACUACUUUAUAAACUGUUGGGGAGUAUUUUUUCAUAGUGGAGAAGGCAUAUUACUACUUUGUGCUCUGCUAUAUGCACUUAAAAUGAACAUAAUCAGAUCUUUUUGUGCUUACGUUGUAUACAC